GGAAAAUUAAAUUCGCCAUGAGUUGCUUUCUUGGCACGCCUGCUCCUCAGAUUGAAAAAUCGACCAUCGGGGAGCAAAACGGAGAACUUUUUAAUGAAGAUGUGAACAAGGUGAAAGGAAAGAAGACCACCCGGGCAAGGUUUCAAGAAUAUAGAAGAUAUGACUUAACUGGUACCGCCUUGAAAUCUCCUCAAAGUUUAGCCUGUGAUGUUGGGAAGCCUGCUUUUAUACAGAAGGAUGAUGAGUUCCUGUCAAGUCUAUGGAGUAGUUGGGAAGCCUCUGGUUUUCAAGGCGUUUUUUCUCAUCUGUCAGAAUCUUCAAAAGUUCCAAAUUCAGUAAGAUUAGCUACUCAAAGAAUUCAUCAGCUGCUUCUGCUACUGCAAAGAUCUGGGGAGAAUUUGUCAGCUAAGGAAGCAGGAGGCAAGGAGAUAGAUACCUGUAGCCUGAUACCAAACAGAUCAACCAGUGUUAUCAAAGCUUUUGGUGUACAUCCACAAAUAAAUUCAUUUGCAGUUGCUUACCAGGAUGAUGUUGUGAAAAUAUUAUCUGCAAGCAGGCUGAAUGAUUUUGAGCCAAUUUUGAAAGACAAAAAGCAAAAUGAUGUGACAUGCCUUGCCUUCAGGCCGAUGUCUUCUGCGCAUAUUGCAGUUGGUUGCAAAUCUGGCAUAUUAUUUUGGAUACUGGAUCCAAAUACCAGCGGUGUUAGACCAGGGGCCAAUCAACAUAGAUUUUUAUCACAUGCUGGACAUCAUCCAAUCACCUCUCUCUCCUGGAGCGGAGAUGGUCAUUUGUUGGCAUCAGGAUCUUGCGCAGACUCCUCUGUCAUAAUAUGGGAUAUGUUCACUCAGAGAUCAGCUGCACUGAGGAGAUAUGGGCCAGGAACUGGAUUCAUUUGUUGGUCGCCAUUGCAAGAUUGCCUGUUUGCUUCUACUUUGAAAGAUCUAUUCAGGAUUUGGGAUGUCAACAACUGGACAUGUGAAAGAUGGUCGAAUUUGAAUGGCAGGUGUAGGGUUGCAUGCUGGAGCCCGUGUGAAAGAUACCUACUGUUUUCAGUUGAGAAUGAGUCAUCGUUGUAUUAUCUCUAUUUUCAAAAGCAACAAGGAGCAACUGGUUUCGUAUCUACAUCCAGUAGCGUUGCCGUCAAAUGUCUUGAUUUCUCCGCAUGCACUUGGGAGACCGACACGGGUGACGUAAGCAUCGGAGGGACUCUACAGUCAAUGGCCUGGGACCCAACUGGAAGUAGACUGGCAAUUGUAUUCAAAGAUAAACAAAAUGUCAAUGGCACACAAACACACAUUGGUCUAUUUCGCACUGCUCUAGAGCCAGUUUUUGAGAUUUUACCUUGUGGUUUUGUCACCGGCCACCCCAGCGAGACUCCACUUGCUAUUUCCUUCUUGCCGAACUUUAAUAAAGGCGCUUUGUUACUUGUGUGUUGGUCAUCUGGGAUGGUAUCACAAAUACCGUUGCUAUUUUACACAGAAAGUAUAACUGCAAUUCCUAAUCGAGAGCUUGCCUCUGACCGAAAAGACUACGAGGAAUUUACAGAAUUUCACCAGAGUGUGGCAGAAUGAACGAAAAUGUCUCAUUUGAAGCUCUGUUAAACUCGAGCAUUUGACCUCGAGUGAUAACAAAUACGUAAUGCUAGAAAAUAUUGAAGCGCCGGUAAUCCCAGCAACAACCAAAUUCUUCUGCGUUGAGCAAAUCUUAGUUUAUGCAAAGUGAUAAAAAUAAUAAUCCAGAUACUUGUUCUGGAGUUAUCGUUGUUCUUUUUAAUUUGUGAAUUUUGUAAGCGCAGGACUUGAGGUUUCUAUUCAGAAAGCAAUUUUUUUAAAAGCAAUUUAUGAUAAAAAAUCUCAAGCUUUCAUUCAGAAGGCUUUUCUAGAACUGCCGUAAGGAAAGAUGGCGGCAAUGUCCAAUUCUAAUCCAGCUAUGUAUUACCCAACCCCUUUUAAUAGGAAAUAAUUCUUGCUAUUACACGUUCCCUUUCAAAGAAUUUACUUUAGGUGCGGUCAAUUCAAAGGAUUUCCAAGGAGUUAAGAAGUCUGACUGUGAAAAAAAUUCGUCAAUUAAGAAACUGUUGCAAACGUUAUGUCAAGCCGCUAUUACAAAUGUUUUAAGCUUAUACUUGUGAAAACAUAAUGAUUUAUGCAAAAAUAUUUGUGCACAAUUCAAGUGUAAAGGUAUGUAGAAGAUAUGUAGGGGAUAUGUAGAAGAUGUGCGUCAUAUCUUACUUCUGUUAUUUUAUAGUAAUACAAUAUAAUUUCCUUUGAUCUUCUGACCUGAUGACUACUUA